UCAGAUCGCCCAGCUCGGUGGUUCCCAAUCCCGAUACGCUAUUAAUUUUAUCGAUAAGAAACACCAUUGUCUUUACGUUAUCGUCUAAACUCCGUCUCGCGUCACUCUCAUAUGCAAAUACCUCUAUGAUCCGCGAUGUACAAUAUUGCAAACGCAAUAAAUAGACACUCUAGCACUUCGAAUUAAUUACAACGACCCCUGAAACAAAUUGUGCUAGAGACUUCACCCCCCAACAUAAUACCUCCACGAAAAUCCUCCCAUGUCCUACAAGCGAUCCCGCGCGACCUUCGAAGCCGACCUCCAAGCCCAGCAAUCACCAUACGUACUCUUCGGCACACCGCUGCCACCCCUCGACCCCGAAGUACGGGACGACGGCUCCUACGUUCCAGUAUGGAAGCAAGAAGUGCGCGAUGAGCGGGGGCGCAAGCGGCUCCACGGUGCCUUUACCGGAGGUUGGAGCGCUGGGUACUUUAAUACUGUCGGGUCGAAGGAGGGAUGGACACCGUCGACGUUUGUCUCUUCGCGGACGAAUAGACAUAAAGAUGCUGCGGAGCAGAAGCGGGGGAAACAGCGACCGGAGGAUUUUAUGGAUGAGGAGGAUCUUGCGGAUGCUGAGGAGGCGCAGAAGUUGCAGACGGCAAGAGACUUCGCUGGGUUGGGUAAUACAGAUGGAGAUGGACUGGGCCGACGUGGAGGAGGGCUGACGGAUUUGUUCCGGACGCAAGGGGAGACUAUGGGUGUUAAACUACUGAGAAAGAUGGGCUGGAAAGAUGGCCAAGGAAUUGGUCCUAAAGUUCGUCGAAAAGCUCGGCUUGAUGUUGGCAGCGGUAAACCGGGCAGCACAACUCAGGAUGGGCCCGAUACAUACCUCUUCGCGCCGGAAAAUGUAUCCAUGAUAUCAUUUGUCAAGAAACUAGAUCGAAAGGGUCUCGGCUUCGAGGGUGAAUCAAAAUUGACACCUAUGGGACCUAACGCACAAGCAGAUGCCGGCUCAAGCUCGGACGAAGACUCACGGAAUGGUCCAUUAAUACGUCCGAGUGCGACGAAGAAGAAAAAACCGAGCAAAUUCUCUAAAGGGGGCAUAGGAAUAGGUAUCCUAAAUGACACAGGGUCCGACGAUGAAGACCCGUACGAGAUCGGCCCGCGAAUAUCGUAUAAUAGGGUUAUAGGGGGUGAUAAGAAAAAGAAGAAAGCGGCAAAUCCGACAUUACGUUCGGCGCCAGUGUUUAUAUCUCGGAAAAGCGCCCUUGCACAAGCAGGCAAGAACCUACGGAAAUGUCACGACGGUCGCUUGCCACUUGAUGGUUUCGUAUUUGGCACCGAAAUAGACGAUCCAGCGUCUGCCAUCAACUCAGAAGCGAAUAAAUGGCCUGCACCACAAAUACCGCCAGACUGGAAAUCCAGCAAACAACGAAAAUCCGAUCCAUCAUCAUCAGACUACAUAUCUACAGCCGAUGCAGCCAAAGCAUCUAAACUUGACCCCAAAUCCCGCGCCGCACUCUUAGGCGAGGCCCAACUUCCAGGGAAGUCCGUUUUCGACUUCCUAUCCGCAUCAGCGCGCGACCGCCUCGCUGCCGCAACAGGCAAAACCAACCUGCCGGCCGCUCUAGGUGAAAUACCUGAAGGGUAUACCCUAACCGAGGCGGAGCGACAACAGGAAUUACUCCGUCAAGUCCCUGAACUUGACAAAGCAACCGCCGCGGCAGCGAUAGCCCGAGGUGCCAGUGGUGCAGGGGGCGGACCGUACGCUGAUGACGAGUCAAAACGCGCCCGCUAUCGAGCAUACCUCGAAUGGGCAGCCGGUCUCUCCACCAACCCGCCCUUCAAACCCGCCAACCUAAAAACCGAGGAUUGGUUACGCGAACUCCAUGAAUUCCGCAGCUGCGCGCUGAUUUUUAAGCCCAUGACCGGCGCCAUGGCGUCUCGCUUCACAAUUUCUACUUCUUCCUCUAAACUAGCUGCCGGGCCAUCAGGUACUCCGGGCUCAGAACAAGACUUAGUAUCGAGACCACCGCCAAAACCAUCGGAUCCAGCCGAAGAAGCUGCGAAGAUGGGUCUGUAUGGCUCGAUGACGCGAUCCGUGGCGGAUUUUUAUCCAGCGAGGUUGCUGUGCAAGAGGUUUGGCGUUAAGCCGCCCGCGCAUGUGCAGCCGGAUUAUGACUUAGGCCAAGACCGAGGGAAACAAGAUUCGGGUGCGGCAGCGAAGAGUAUGCCGACUGCGGCUACAUUCGGGGGUACAAGUACUAGUGCGGGUGCGAUGACGUUAGAUGAGUUAUUAAAGUCGGCACAGAUGCCAGAUACGUCAGCGCCGACACCGCCUAAAGCUAUAGAAGCACCACCGCCGCCGUCGCAGCAGGUAGCAGUAGUUAACGCGGAAGUAAAUGAAGCGCUGGAAGGCAAAAGCGCGCAGGAGGAUGUUCUGCGGGCUAUUUUCGGCGAUAGUAGCGAUGACGAGGAUUAAAUGCAUGGCUUGUACAAGUUUGGAAUAGCGAGUAAAUCAUUUGGUUGAUUGGCGUGCUAGAUGAGAUAUACCCCUUGAAUAAAAAUAAAGAUAUGAAUUCUGAUUAUGUGAUAAGUAAUCGUAGAGUUUAUACCUUCUUUUCUGUCUGGCUAGUUUAAGUUUUGGGGGGGGUUCGUAUUUAGUUUGUUCUACGCACGAAUACUAGGUCA